CCUCAGCCCUAAAGGAAGCCGGCCUUUUAAAUGUGGAGAAUCUGAGGGAUACCGAGUGUUUUCUGAGGGUAGGCUAUUGCCUCCUCAGGGAGACUCAGCCGGACAGCUAAAUCUUUCGAGCUGAUGCUCCACCUCCGGUGCAGGCAGGUCUUCAGAGCAGCGCAGCUCAGCUGAUGAUACAGAAAGGAGGGAGCUCUCUAGACCCCUAGCGAUCUAUCGCGCCCUCCAAAGCCAGACUUAGACUAGGUGCUCCGGAUUGCUCACAGCAUAAAGGGUGGAAGAGUGUGCCAGCCACAUGAAAGAGUCAUUUGGGAAAGGAGGAGGGCAGGGCAUGCCAAGGUGACCGGCCUGAACACUGACCGGUCUCUGAGGGCACCGAGAAAAAAGAGGGCACGGGAUGGGGAUGGUGACGUCUGAAUGGAGGACCAGGGGCGUCUCGGUCCGAAAUCCUGACUACAGAUCUUAAAGGGACACCGAUUAAAGACCAGGCAGGAGGCACCUGAGGGCAAGGACCGGGUGUCUGCAGAGCCGGAGCCCGGCCACCGCCACACCGCACCAUGGCGCCCACCCUGGCCACUGCCCAUCGGCGCCGCUGGUGGAUGGCCUGCACUGCUGUGUUGGAAAACCUCCUCUUCUCGGCAGUCCUCCUGGGCUGGGGUUCGCUGCUCAUCAUGCUCAAGUCGGAGGGCUUUUACUCCUACCUGUGUACGAAACCAGAGAAUGUCACUAACGGCACAGUCGAGAGCACUGCAGAGCCGGAGCACGAAGAGGUGAGCCUAGUGAAUGGCUGGCUCAGCUGCAAGGCCCAGGAUGAGAUUCUGAAUCUGGCAUUCACCGUGGGCUCCUUCCUGCUCAGUGCCAUCACCCUGCCUCUGGGCAUCAUCAUGGACAAGUAUGGUCCAAGGAAGCUCAGGCUGCUGGGCAGUGCCUGCUUUGCUGUUUCCUGCUUGCUGAUUGCAUAUGGAGCAAGUAACCCAGACUCGCUCUCUGUGCUCAUCUUUAUCGCCUUGGCUCUGAACGGCUUUGGGGGGAUGUGCAUGACGUUUACUUCAUUAACACUGCCCAAUAUGUUCGGUGACCUUCGGUCCACAUUUAUUGCCUUGAUGAUCGGAUCCUACGCUUCCUCAGCAGUUACCUUCCCGGGAAUCAAGCUCAUCUAUGACGCUGGGGCCUCCUUCAUCGUCAUCCUAGUGGUCUGGGCUGGCUGCUCUGGCCUGGUUUUCCUCAACUGUUUCUUCAACUGGCCACUAGAGCCCUUCCCAGGACCAGAGGACAUGGACUACUCGGUGAAGAUCAAGUUCAGCUGGCUAGGCUUUGACCACAAGAUCACAGGGAAGCAGUUCUACAAGCAGGUGACCACAGUGGGGCGCCGGCUGAGCGUGGGCAGCUCCAUGAGGACUGCCAAGGAGCAAGCUGCCCUGCAGGAGGGCCACAAGCUGUGUCUAUCCACCGUGGACCUGGAGGUUAAGUGCCAGCCGGAUGCUGCAGCAGCCCCCUCGUUCAUGCACAGUGUGUUCAGCCCCAUCCUGCUGCUCAGCCUGGUCACGAUGUGUGUCACACAGCUACGACUCAUCUUCUACAUGGGGGCCAUGAACAGCAUCCUUGAGUUCCUGGUCAGCGGGGACCAGAAGACAGUUGCCCUCUACACCUCCAUCUUCGGCGCACUCCAGCUGCUCUGCCUGCUGACGGCUCCUGUCAUCGGCUACAUCAUGGACUGGAGGCUAAAAGAGUGUGAAGAUACUUCUGAGGAGCCUGAGGAGAAAGAUGGCGCUCAAGGUGAAAAGAAGCAGAAGCGAGACAGGCAGAUUCAGAAAAUCACCAAUGCCAUGCGGGCCUUCGCCUUUACGAACGUGCUGCUCGUGGGUUUUGGGGUAACCUGCCUCAUUCCUAAUCUGCCUCUACAGAUCUUCUCCUUCGUCCUGCACACAAUUGUGCGAGGAUUCAUCCACUCUGCCGUAGGGGGCCUAUAUGCUGCCGUGUACCCCUCCACACAGUUCGGUAGCCUCACAGGACUGCAGUCCCUGGUCAGUGCACUCUUUGCUCUCCUACAGCAGCCACUGUUUCUGGCCAUGAUGGGGCCUCUCGGAGGAGAUCCUCUGUGGGUGAACGUGGGUCUGCUUGUCGUGAGCAUGCUGGGUUUCUGCCUGCCACUUUACCUGAUUUGCUACCGGCGCCAGCUGGAGAGGCAGCUUCAGCAGAGGAGGGAAGACAGCAAGCUGUUCCUUAAGAUCAAUGGCUCAUCCAACCGGGAGGCCUUCGUGUAGUGGGCACCCGCGCCCACCGCCUCAGAGUUGUGGCCUCCUGCCUGUGCUUCAGUGACUGACUGCAGUCAUCUCCCUGCCCCAGAGGAUCCCGUGUGCUCCCUGGAUCCUGCCCUUCACCACACUGGAGCCCAUACUUCUUCAAAAAGCCCUGCCCCUGCCGUGGAGUGCUGGUGUGGAGGGACAGGAGAAGGCCUGGGACAAAUGAACCUCCCACUGCCAGAAGCUGGGCUGCCCUGGCCUGGCUGUCACCCCAGGGGCUCUGGAGUCUUGGGUCUCCAUGGAGCCAAGGGGACUUCUCCAGCAAGCAUCUUUUUUUUUUUUUUUCUUUUUCACUUAUCUGGAUUCUGCCUCUUGCCAAAGCAGAGGGGCCUGCCAUCCUCUACCCACACUACCUGUCCCUGAGCUGCAUGUCUACCAACCACACCCACCUGAGGACAAAGGCUUGCACUGUCUGCACUCCCCUAGCUUGGCCCCUUACCUCCCCUGGCCAGUCUGGCUGCCUGAGGAAGGAAGGACCCGCUUCCUGUUGUUGGUGCUAACCCCUUUGUAAUCCCAACAUCCCCACCCGCCCCCCUGUGGCUGGUCCCUGGCUCCUUUUUCCCUUGAAGGCCUGAGGAGAAGCCCCCCUGUCUGAGGCUAGGGAAGGAGUGGGGGGCAGAAUAUUUACACAAAGCCUCAAGAGCCAUGUGUAAGGCUUCUUCCACAGGAGGUGGAGAAGUAUAUCUCUGCUGGCAUGCUUUGUUCCAGGCUGCAACCUGAAGGGAGCUAAGGGGACACCACAAGGGCACCCUUCCACCCACACACAGCUGUUUUUCUGGGGUGAAAAUAAGGCUGUGACUGGUAGACAUGAAGAGCCAAGCCUAAGUAGGGAAGAGGAUUAGUGAGUAACCGAGGGGCGUGUGUUUCUGUGGUACGUGUGUGUGCAUGUGUAUAUAUGGUAGGAGGCUAGCCCCAGAGGCUGCUUUUAUCAGAGAGGACCAGACCAGAAGCCAGCGAGUCCUACAGCAGGCUCAAAAUGGGAGAGUCAGCCUUGCUUUACGAUGGGGACCUGUGCAUGGCCGUGUGAUCACAGUGCCCCCUGCUGGCAGACUCCAUCAGGACACUGGAGCUGCUCAUGUGGGAGAAGCCUAGCUGGCCUGCCUGGCUCACUAACCCAUCUUACCUUGACAACUCCUAAAAACCCUGAGACCUCUUGGAGUGCCAAGAGGGAUGCAUUGGUUUUUAAGUUUAUGGUUUCUCUUUAAAUUUUAUCAUGAUUCUUUUUAUGAAGCAAUAAAUCCAUUUUCCUGUUGGUAAUGGGUGCCCUCCACACAUACCAGUUGAUUACUGUAGGUGCCUGUUUUAUAAUUGAGAGGAGAGACAGGGCAAGAGGUUCUGCCAAGAAGAAGAAGAAGAAGAAGAAGAAGAAGCCAGACAUUGUGGCACACACUCUAAUCCCAGCACUUGGAAAGCUGACGCAAGCAGAGAGUUCGAGGCCAGUCUGGUCUACAUGGAGAAGUCUAGGUCUACAUAGUCAGAGACUGUAGAUGUUCUGCCAGUGACAAACCCAGCCCAGUCGCACCUAGGUGCUCACCAUCUUCCUGAGUGAUAUGUCCAGGGAGGGGCAUGGGCAAAGAGAAGCCCUGACUACCCUAGACUCCAGGGAAAUGGGGCUGUGCAGAGGUGUGGGUUGUCCUUACUGCUAGCUAUCCCAACUACACAGGCCAAUCCAGAGCCUUCAUAUCUGUUUGCUGUCCCCUGUAACCCUAAGGGUUAUAUGGUGACUCCAGGAGAGUUGUAGGGUAAGUAGCACCUGGUGGAAUGAGGGUAGAGACAGCAGAAAUGCCCUCAGCCCAAGGACAGGCUCUGUCGUGGUCGUGGAGUGCCAGGUCUUGGCUUCAAUCUGUUCAAACACUAGACGCAUAACUCCCACAACAGUGAGCUAGUAGAAGUCUUUCUCUGAGGCUUCUCAUGGCUCAGUGGUAGAGCUCAUGCUUAACAUGACUGAGACCCUAGGUUCUGUUUCCAAAAAGAACUGUAUGUAUAUUUUCCAAAGCAUCUCUCAGAACACUGGUCUGUGAAAAUGUCUAGUCAAACAUCAGUCAGGUAUGCAGAGUUAAAGUCAGACCUGUCUCUUCACAGCAGGGACCCACAGCACUUUCCCCAUGAACCUUAGAGCUGGGUGUAGCACCGGGUGUGGUGUCAGAAAGAUCUCUGAAUUCAAGCCCAACAAUGCUGUGAGUUCCAGGCGAGCCAGAACUAGUCAAAGAGACCCUGUCUUAAACAAACAAACAAAACAAAACAAAAAAACCCAAGUGUUUGCAAGGAUGUGGAAAUAAUUGGAAGUUUUAGGCAUUGCUGUCAGAAUGGUAGAGCUGUGGAAAUGUUGCACAGUCCCAUAAUGCCAGCACCAGGAGGCAAAGGGUGGCUUGCUCAGCCUGAGCUGAAGCCCUGCUUCACACACAAGGUUGUGGCAUGCUGCUGAGUGGUGACGAACCACAGGAGCCAUGCCCUUGCUGCAUGUGUGACAUGAUAGCCACUUGUAGGAACUUUGUGGGAAAUGUUGAUUGGCUCUAGGGCUGAGUCUGGAUGUAGUUCAGUUGGUAGCAUGUUUGCCUAGCCUACCCAAAGCCCUGGGUUUGAUACAGAGCCCUGAAUAAAACUCGGCAUGGCAGUACAUGCCUAUUAUCCCAGCACUUGGGAGGUGGUGACAUCAGAAUUAAAAGUUCGGUAGAGCGCUUACCUAGGAAGCGCAAGGCCCUGGGUUCGGUCCCCAGCUCCGAAAAAAAGAACCAAAAAAAAAAAAAAAAAAAAAGUUCGGGGCUGGGGAUUUAGCUCAGUGGUAGAGUGCUUACCUAGGAAGCGCAAGGCCCUGGGUUCAGUCCCCAGCUCCGAAAAAAAGAAAAAAAAAAAAAAAGUUCAAGUCAUCCUUGGUCACAUAAUGAGUUCAAAGCCAACCCAGAAUCUAAGGAUCUUCUAAAAAAGAACAAUGAAAACAGAUGGCAGAAUGCUGGUCUCAGCUGUGUCUUGGUUUGGUUCUGGUGCUGCCCUGAGGUUAAGAUGCCCCAGUGAGGAGGAGAGUAGCUUGGGGGGAACACUGACUGCUGACAGAGCCCCUUCGUGCUAGAGACAUAGCUUCAGGUUGAUGAGACAUGAGCUGUGCAGCCCCAGCAACACUGGGGGCCACACUUUGGAUCGUGAUUCUGUAAGAGAAUAUCCUAGGAUUGAGAAACUAGAUGUGGGAUGGAAAAGAGCCAACAGUACUUGAAGAUGAGGGCCAUGAACCAGUUGCAGAGAACAGAGGUGUGGCAAGCCAGAUGAGUUCUCCCUAGUCACAAGGAUUGUUCUGCCCUGACUUGGCAGACAUGUUUUCAUGUCUUUGAAUCAUGGUGGCAACCUAGAGUGGAGUAGAUGCUUGGAGAAACAGUCCCAGAGGACUCUGCUGUGGCCCUCAGCCACUAAAGCAUCCAAGGCCCUUGGCCAGAACCUCCUAGUGGAAGCAAAGAGCCCAAAGGGUACAAGCUCAGGAUGGUUUCCAUAUCUUGGAGCCAACACUUUCUCAGGUUUGAGGCAAGCUAUUUGCACAAGGGUCAUUUGAGCCCUGGAGGCUGAUGGGUCCUUGGAGGAAUUAGUCCCUGAUCCCUUCAACCCCAAGAGGAGUUGCCCCAAGAUAGGCACAGAAGCACAGGCUAGACACAGGGAGAGGCACGGUGGAAGGGACAGGAAGUGACGCCAACCUCAUGGUUUCACCAGGCGAGGACAGUCUUACUUGAAGCCCCUCCUUUGUGGUCUAGGGUGGAUUCCCCUGGUCCUCUCCCCUUAUGACUCUUUGCCAGGGCCUACUCACAGUUGGCUCCAACCUUCAUUAAAGCCAAAGUAUAGGUAGGCCCUUGGGGCCACCGCCUGUGUUCCGCCCCCUGCACUCACAUCUAGAAGUUAUGAUCAAAACCUGUACAUAGCCAGCCAGUGGUGCUGGCACACACCUUUAACUCCAGAGCUCGGCAAUUGUCUCUUCACAGAGCAAGACUACGGGGGCUGUUACAGCCUCAACAGGACUCCCUAGGAAGAGCAGUACGGUUGUUGUGGGCUUUGGGGCAUUGAGGGUGCCUUAUCUGUGAAGUGACUAGGGCACAACCUAAGUGUAGUGACUCAGCUGUGAGGACAGGAACACCGAAGUGUUACGGGAGGGCUUGCUUAUUCUCAGGCUCUAGCCCUUCCCUGGAUUAAGGGUCAAGAUGAGACUGUAUCCCCAUGAUCUAACUCACCCUGAACCCUAGAGUAUGGACAGAGUCUCCUGAGUUCAGGAGAGCCAAUGUCCUCUAUGUGGAAGGUAUCAUGGCUCUGCCAGCACAGCCACCAUCUGUGCCCCUUGGUCCCUGCAGUGAGUCAUUCUAACAUGGAUAUAUCCGAGAUAGGACCGCAGGUCAUUUCCUAACCUUGACUGUUCUCUGAGGGAAGCAUGUGGUUUAGCAGCCACCCUACAUUCCCAGGGAAAGCUUGAGUCUCAUUUUCUCACACAAAAUGGAGGCAUCUGUGCUCUCACAGUGUGGCUAAGGGGACCUGUAGGUAAGUCGUACAAACAGCAGUGUGUGCAGCACGCAGCAGAAACCUAACCACCAGGACCCUGGAAAAAGACAGACAGCAUGGGGAGCCAGGCACCCCCUCUCAGACAGGACACUGACAUAAGGGGACUGACCAUGCCAGACUGGUGGCCAAAUAAAGAAGGUACUGACCUCGGUCCCUUCGGAACUUGUCUUACAGAGAAGCCUUAAGUCCCCUUGUCUGUUUUGUCUUUCACGUUUUGGUAAGAGGCUUGGCCAAAGAGUCUUGGUGUCAAAAGUCCCAGCCCUGGGGUGGCACUUCUAUACCGCCUUUUUGAAUGACUGCUUGGCCAGGCGUGUGUGUGUGUGUGUGUGUGUGUGUGUGUGUGUGUUUGUGUGUGCGCGAGUGUGUGUGAGUGUGUGAUCUGGUGUGUCUGUUGAGAGAGAUGUAUAGGUGUGCCUGUGUGCUGUAACACCGGGAGGCAAAGGAAAGGCCCAUGGUGUCCCUUUCUGUUACUAGGAGCAUCUAGGCAGGUCAGAAUGCAGGCCACAUCAAAGACCCAGACCAAGCCUUAGAGUGAGGCCUGAGGGUAUGUUCUUCUGUUCACCAGGGUCACUUAGUGUCACUGAUAACUCAGCAGCUGACCUUGGCUCUUCCCUGUCACUCUUACUGUUCCUAGCCCCCAGCAUACUCCUUGGCACACAGUAAGCACUUAAUAAAUGUAUGACAAGAAUGACUACGAA